CUUGAUUGGUGUAUUCGAUUGUUUUUCCCGUCGUCCUUGGUUAUAACUAGUUGUGUUUUCAGUUUGUAGUGUUCUUUCUUGUGUAUUGUUCGGAUAAAGGUUUGACAUUAUUAAAAAUGGACACUAAUAGAUUGUUAGCCAACAUUAUGGUCACUUUGCUGUAUACGGGUUCUGUGACCUCAAGACCGAAUCCUGACUUACCGAUUGUGUUUCCUGAUGAUGAGAUACAAAAUCGAAGUAAAGUAUACCGCCCCGAAAUUAAUGCCAGACCUUCACGACCACAUCAACCGGAAAUCGAUAGAGAAUACCCUCCAAAAGGGCACGUUCCUCGAUAUCCUUUUGAACCUGGAGUUUAUAAAGAAAGACCUUUGUGUUCCAAUCCCAGCUCUUCUUUCUGCGAGAAUGUUUCGAAUUAUCCCACAAGCGAAAUACGUCAAUCGAUACCUUUCAGUAAGGAUCAAUUUCGCGAAAUUUUCGGGCCUCCAGAAUUACAUUCUAGAGUAAAAGCUACAAAUGUUGACGUUUCUGAAGAAAGAAUCUGUUCCAGAAAGACUCGACUCUUCUAUCCAAAAGCUGGAAAGUCCGAUGAUAAUAAAUGGGUUUACGUAGUUAAUGACGUUGACUAUGUUCAAGCUGUGUUCGCCGAAAUUUGCGAAAACGAGAAUAAGUCAUGCCUGUAUAUGGAUGAAAAUCUUCCUGCAGGAUUUGAUUCAAAAUGCCGCCAAUUAUAUGCCUACAAGAGACUUUUAGCUUUGGAUCCGGAUGAUAAGAAGAGUCAGAUCGCAUCAUUCAGAUUUCCAUCUUGUUGCGUGUGUUACAUAAAAUAUCCUAUAGGAUGGACCGAUAUUUUGAAUCGGAAGAAGAACAGCGACGUUGGAGAUUCAUUCAGAACAUAAAGUUUGAUUGAUUUCAUCUUCUGAUGCUGGGAAAAAUAAU